UGGCGCGAACUGGCCAAGCACAUCCCCGGCCGGUCCAACAAGGACUGCCGCAAGCGGUGGUGGAACAGCCUGGCCGGAUCGACGGCAAAGGGGGCCUGGUCGCCAGAGGAAGACAGGCGGCUGAUUGAGGCCGUGGAGAAGUAUGGCACCAACAACUGGAUGAAGGUGGCCGGGGCCGUCGGCACCCGCUGCGGCGACCAGUGCUCGGGUCACUGGCGGCAUGUCUUGAACCCCAACAUCAACUACUGUGAUUGGACGCCCGAAGAGGACAAACGGCUGCUGGAUGCAAUCCGCAUCUACGGCACCAACUGGUCUACCAUUGCGUCGUUCCACACCCCGGAGCGGACGACGCUGGCACUUAAAAACCAGUAC